GACACUACCGAACGAGAAUGCGCUGUUCGAACUAAAAAAGCAAUUCGUAAACGAUUGUUUAAAAUUGAUGAGUCAGCCGAUCGUUCGAGGAUCGGAGCAGAAACGAAAAAGAUAGGCAAGCAUUUUAAUGCAAAGAACAAAGGCGCUACUCAGCAAAGGAAUCGUACAUAAUCGCAACAUGGUGACCCAAACGCAGUACAGCCAGAUACAGUUCCAGGCGCUGGUGAACAAUUUGGCCACGUUUCACAAUGUUAUUAAAGCUAUCAAUUUUGUCGAUAACGCCAUGAUUCAGCUCAGCAAGGAAGGACUACAAGUGACCGUUGAAGAUGCCAAAAGUAUUCAAGCGAUAGCACUCAUUAAACGGACCUGCUUUUCGGAGUACAGUCUUAUUGCAAACCCUUCAGCGACGACGACGGCAGCGGCAGAUGGUGGUGCGGAACCUUUCGCAUCAUUCGGAUUGAAUCUGAAGGUGUUCAGCGAUUGCUUGAGCAUGUUCACAACAAACGAGUUGGAUUCCAGUCUUAAGCUGCUGCGCAAAGGACCCGGUGCACCAUUAAUCGCCAUACUGGAGCAGCACGGCGAGGACAGUUUGAUUACGGAGUGCUCGAUACGCACUAUGGAACCGUUCGAUUGCAUGGACCUAGAAUUUACCGAUGACCAACAAAUCGUGAACAAAUUUGCCGCCAAAGGUACGGAUUUUUUCCAGCUGCUCGGCGAAAUGGAUAGCAACUGUGCGGAGAUAGAAGUCAGCAUCACGCCAUCGCAACUAAAGUUUGAAACCUUCGGUGAACUGCACAUGAACGCUAGCGUAGAGUUGUCUAACGAUAGCGAUAUCCUCAUUAGCUUCAGCUGCACGGAGGCGAGCAGCUAUCGCUACAAGUUUCAGCAUUUUAAGCUCAUUAUGCGUACCCUAGCGCUUGCAUCGCAAAUAGUCGUUAGUACCAAUGGCGAGGGUUUGCUUGGACUGCAGGUAAUAGUUGAAAAUAACGGCAAUUCGUUGUUCUACGUCCAAUACUUUAUCCUCCCGCUGGUGCACGAUAACGAAUCAGUGAUGAAUUAAAUGUAAUAAAAUCGAA